GUGCAAUAAUAUGCUUCAAUAGAAUGAAUUUGUAACCCCUAUAACUACUCCCAAGGGGAGUAUUUAUAGAGAAAAUUAGGGUUGGGCUCCCAAGCCUUGGGCUUGGGAGGCCCAUUUACAACUGGACCGCUACUGGGCCGAAUACAAAGCCUCUAAUGGGUUGUACAAAUGAGUAAGUAUAGAAUCCGUUUCUGGGAGGUCUUCGUGGCCGACGAGGGCGUGGCCGACGAGGGCACGGACGACGAGGGCACCCGAGUUCCUUGGGUUCAGGACCGGAAUCUGAGUUGGUCCCUUUUUGGCCGACGGGGGCGUCGCGGCCGACGAGGGUGCCACUCUGUUGUCUUGUGCUCUGUUCUUCCGAGUAUGUGGGUCCUGGAACUCAGACCCAUAUACUCCAUCAAUAAUAAUAAUAAUAAUAAUAAUAAUAAUAAUAAUAAUAAUAAUAAUAAUAAUAAUAAUAAUUAUAGUCACUAUGAUAUACGGAGUACUCCACUGUAUACUUCGUACAUACAAAUUAAAUAACAUGAUCAACACCAUGCCAAGAAUUGAUGAAUGGUAUAUUGGUAUGAUCCCGUUAUAACACUCCUAUGAAGGAUGAUCGAAGGGUACGGGCAGGAGAGGUGACACGGUUUCGAGGUCACUGUGCAUAAACCCGAAAUUCCGUAGGACCUGAUUGUCACCAAAAUUCAACGCUCUCUCCAUCCCUUCCCAGCAAGAAUCGCCGCCGUACUCCGGGUUGUGGUUCCCACUACACGGUUGACAUCCCGUAAAGUGCGUUAUGAACGGCCGCCUCCACCGGCCCUUCCGAUCCCCGCCUUCCGCCACGUGUGGCUCCCACGCCGCCGCGUAGCUCUCCCUGACCGCCUCCGCGUGCCGCCGCCGCAGUGACGGCUCUCCCCUCUCGAUCUCCGCGUACCUCGCCGUGAUGUUGUCCAGCCUCCCCACGAUCGGGACCCAGUAGCCGUGCAAAGAGUACUCGUUCUCCACGUAGAUCUUGUCCGUCCAUUUCUUGCCUCCUUUCAGCAGGAGGUAAACCAGUCCCGACUGAUCGUCCGAUUCCGGGAACAUCUUGUCCUUUAAUGUGGAUCGUUGGAUCUCGCCCCAUUUGUCGUAAUCGGGAGAUUGUGAGCCCAUUUUGGCCCAAUCGUCUAAAAACCCCAUUGACCAUUGGCAAUUCCUGAUCAGAAAAAUCCCGGCGUUGACCGCCACCCAACUCUGCCUCACAACCGCCGCCGGCCAACCGUGGACGACGAAAUUGUGGUUCCUAUACCUCUCCAGAGGAAUCUUGAAAUCCAUGUCGGUGAAGAUAGCGUCGGAGUCCAUCCAGAGGACCCACUCUGUUUCCGGGUGGGCCAGCAUUGCCGCCCGGACCAGAGGAAUCUUGGCCCAAUAAGACCGCAUCUCCGGGUGGAAGAAGGCGUUGCUGUAGAAGACAUCAUGUCCGUGGAUUCUGCAGUAGUCCACCUUGUUCUUGAAGCACCUCAGGAGCAGGUGAUCGCCGGCCGGGUUCUUGCAGGGGCCGGGCUGCGAUCCGGUGAGGACGAGCACGCGCUUCUCUGCUCCAGCCGCGAAUGAGGGGUGGAGCUUCAGCCACUCGGCCCUCUUUCCAUCCCAGUCAACGACGGGUCUAUUGAUGGUGUAAUUGAGCUCUGGGUCGUCGUAAAAGUUCUUCUCCGGUGGGUCGUAGCUCCGGUCAACGGCGUAUCGGUCAACGGAAACGAUAUGCUCUGUCAGUUUUGAUCUCAAGGAGUGAUCGGUGAAAGACCAAACGAUACAAACAAGAAAAAUCGAGACAAGUAGAGUGAGAGUGACUGAUUUUUCGCGACUGAAGGAAGAAUGAGUGGUCUUCGCCGUGGUGGCGGUGGCGGAAGCCAUGGUUAACGUGUCCCGCGAAAUGAAGGAGGGAAGAAAAGAAUCCGGCUUUACCGUUUUUGCAAUAGACAAUAUUAGAGCAUCUUCAAAGAGUGUCUCUUUGAUUUUUGUUUAUAUCGGUUGAUAACUUGACAUAGUACUCCACUACUCCGUGACUCCGUGUUAUACACUUAUACAAAAAAAGGGGAAAAAUGAUGUUUGUACAAACUUUUAUACACACUUUUGUACACACCUAUGUCUGUGAAAGCUUUUUUUUUUGUCUGUGAACAUCGAUUCACAGACAAUGUUUUGCACAAACAAAAUAUUGUCUGUGAACCGGAUUCACAGACAAAAAAAAAGCUUCACAAACAUGGUGUGUACAAGGGUGUGUACAUCAAGAAUGGUUGAAAAAAAGGAUGAAACCCUGUCCAUGAGGGCCCCCAAUCCUGAUCGGACGGUACGUUCGGAGGAUGUAAAUUGGAUUAUAAUCCCAAUCUGACAUAUAGAGAGUGAGACUCUCUCCCUGAUACUUGCAGGGGUCCUAUCCAUUUUUAGCAUAGUAACAUCUCAUCGCAGCUGUCGGGAUUCG